AUGAGAAAAAAUUUGGCGGAUUAUCUGAAAAAUCCCCGGAAGACAUUGGAACGGAUUGGAAAGGAGAAGAGAGAAAAGGAUAGGCAGAAAAACAAGUCUGGUAAGGUCAAAUGGGUUACCCAUCCAGCUAAGGAGAUCUUUGAUGAGGAUGUGGAACCUGGUGGCUGGCUCUACGAUCAGGAUGACUUAGAUGCGAGACUCGUUUGGAAAACAUACAAAUCCAAGCAAGAAGAGUUUGAGGAUGUUUCCUUUGAGCAGUUUGAACCAAUCUACAUCAAAGCUAUGCAACGAGCUGCCAAACGGCGUUCUAGAUCUAAACAAGAAGAGGAGUGGAUGAAACAUGAUCGACGGCUGCAUCCACGCCAAACUCACAAUCACAGAGGUGAGCCAGUCUUUGACAUGGAUGUUGCAGCAAAAGAGCAGCUUCGAGAAGAUGUGGAGAAGAAGCUUUACAAAAAGAUGAAACCAAUGGAGCUUCAUGCAAUGAGAGAGGUGUAUCAUAAAUACAAGCUGGGCAUCUUUCGUCAGCGCAUUUACCAGGAGAAGAGGCGACAAAAGUUUAAUCGAUACUUGGAGAAGAAACGAACGGAAAAGAGAAGGAAGUACGCUGCAAAGUACAUGAGAUUUGAAAGGAAAUAA